AUGGCUUCUAGCAUUCCAUCGGAGAUGAUGCUUACACCUUUGAUAAGUACGAUUUUAUACUCACAAUUGAUGUCUCUCGUGUCUCCGCAUGGAAUCGGCUUCGAUUGCCUGCCAGGAAAGGAAAAGGGGACGCGUGAUAGAUGUUUUUCAAUCAUCCUACGCCAGGCUUCCGAUGGAAAUCUGGACGUUGAAAGUGACGAAGAUAUGGAUACCUCAGAUGAUGAAUGUGACUCAUCAUGGUCGAGCGACGAAGAGGAGGGUCCAUCAACCAGAGGUUGUUCAUCGAUCAAAAAAGAAGGCUCGAUUAAAUUUGGUAAUGUGGAGGUAUCAGAAGAAAUGGUAGAGAAAGCGAUUGCAUUCUAUCGUGCGACAGCGAAGGGUAGUCGCUCAUUCAAAACGAUGAAGAACAGAUUUCGCUUUAUUUCGUCGCCACAUCAUAUUCAAAAAUUGAGGAAAUUUGAAGAACAGAGUAGGUUAACGAAAGCGAUGGCUUCGCUCGAUAAACUCUGCUUAGGGCAGAUACAAGCGGACCGAGCAAUACGUAUAAGGAGACUUGCCGAAAAGCUGCGUAGUGAGGUGUACCUGAAAUUUGGAAUGGGUGCGACAUUGCACGAUAGCGACAUCCGUCGUCUUGCACUGAAGAUCAAUGAGGAAGAAUUCAAUAUUGACAGAUUCAAAGCCAGCCUUAGGUGGAUCAAGGAGUUCAGAAAAAAGAAUGGCAUUGUUCUGCAGAACGGUGUAGCUAGCUCCAGAAAAAAACUGGACCGGCUAGGCAGCAUUUCAUUCACGAUCAUGCCCACAAUUUAUGCAGAUGGGCACAUAGGGAAGAAACUUUUUGUUGUAAUGCAGGAGAAGUCAGGAUCAUUUCCUACGAGCUUCUUCCGGGCAGACAAUCUAGAGCUACGAGCCCGUUCGAGCCUUAUCAUGGACAAGAAAUUACUCGCAGAUUGGGUGAAAACGUGCUUGUUUCCCGCGAAGAACUCUCCAAAAGUUCUGUUGUUAGUGGACUCUUGGGCAUCUUCUAAAGACCAGGUCACAAUCGUAGCUGCUGUGCCAGGCGGUCAUCAACAUCUAAAAAUCAAAAGCAUACCGUCUGAUGCAAAUGCUAGGAUACAGCCAUUGGACUAUUUCUUUCUGCAGUUUAGAGCAAUGUACGAACGGUUUAGCUCUCAC